CUGUCGCCAUCUUGUAAGCCAUGACACAUCGUCGCUCGUCGUGCGGGUUUUGUUUCUCGAGAAGGCCUACGGAGCUUGGAAUCGUUUCGGGAUUCCUCAACAGUUUCAAUGACUCCUCGCAGUCGUAAGUUCGACGCGACGAAGUGUUGAUCAGUCGAAAUCGUUCCGCCGAGACUUAUUCGCGGAGCAUAUUAUAAUUUUGGACAGAGGCCGAAAGAAGAUCAGCUGGAAUUAGAUUGUUUCGAAUAAGAUGGGGGUUAUAUUCCUCGAGCAUAUCGGAGGCGUUCGUCUAUUCUCCUGCGCUUCCUGCGACACGAAUCUAACGAAUCGCAGCCAAUUAAUCAGCACUAGAUUUACGGGGGCGACCGGACGAGCCUUUUUGUUUAAUAAAGUGGUAAACCUCAAUUACAGCGAGGUACAGGACAGAGUCAUGCUAACGGGUCGACACAUGGUGCGUGAUGUUAGCUGCAAAAAUUGUGAUGCCAAACUUGGAUGGGUAUAUGAGUUUGCAACGGAUGACAACCAGCGAUACAAAGAAGGCAGGGUCAUCUUAGAGCGAGCGCUUGUCACUGAAAGUGAUGGAAUGGGCGAGAAUAUCUAAUAUUUGAGCCCACAAUUGCGAGAAAAAUGGUGCUGAGCGUCACAGGUAAUGAGAAACUUUAUUUGGCGAUAUAUUCCUCAAAAUUCAUCAUUACCCUAACAAAAUUUGUUCGGGUUGUUGCUGUUAGCCAAUGCGAUGAAGGUUGUAUUGAUAUUAGUCUGUAUUACCUGUGGCAGCAAGCAUCCAUCCCUGUAAUAUAUUUGUUUGACUUUAGUUAGAACUGUAUGUUCACUAUUAUAUUUAUACAUAUAUAAAGUUUAAGUUGAUUCAAGUA